AUGCCUGGUUUCAUUCCCAAGAAGUUUCCUGGCAAGAUUGCCGAGCCUUUGGUGCCUUUCUUCGCCGCUGGUCUCAUCGUCGUGUACGCGAUCAACGCCGGUGCCAAUGCCAUGAUUGCCUCGGACGAAUACAAGAAUGACCCCCGAAAUCCCAACGCAAAGCCCGACUCAAAACCCGCGCACUAA